UGCAUUUCCUGUGCUACGGUUGACGAAAGUUACUGAGAACGCGCCUGACUGUUCAUUUUUCUUUUGGAAGAAUUCCGGAAAAGGGCCUGGAAAUGCACACUCAGGAUUGAUUUACUCACACCUACGGAAUGCCUGCAAGAACCUUUCACCAACCAAACGGAAAUUCAUGCAUCGGGCAAAGAAGAUCGACAUAGCUAGCGUUUCGUCAGAAAUCGUUGCUUUAUCUGAACAGUGUGCUCAAGAUGAGGCAACAUCGGCCAAUUUCAUCAAUAUUGCGAGAAUGAUGAUUGAAAUACAACCACUACAUAACAUGCUAAUCAACAGCAAAAAAGGAGUACCUGCUAUACUUCAGGUGCUGCCUCAUUUCAGAUCAUAUAACGGUGCUAUGAUUCGCCAAGCGUACGAACGUAUGAAUCCGAGUUACUAUAGGGAAGCUAAUGUGAAGAAGGUGUUUUCGUUAGGGCUAAUCCUUGAAAAUCAGACGUUCACUGUGGUUCAAGAUGAACACGUUCGUGGAUGUUUGCGAAUAAUGGGACGACUUUCCAGAAAAGGCGUCAAGAAACUACCUGUAGUCAUGCCAUUAGAAGUAGAGGAAGAGUUGGCUUCCCCAUUGAUUCGUUUCAUUCCUGACUCACCUUCGGCUUUGGCUGAACAGCUAGCCAGAUAUGCUGCCUACGACAUUGAAAACUUCCAGAAGGUACCCCCCCACUUGAUUAACCAAGGAGAAUCGUUUAUGAUUUAUGCAGAGGGACAGAUUAUUUUGCUUGGUACAUGUUCGGUUCAAGCGAUUGAUACAUUUGUUAAAUUUUUUAAUGUUUUCAAUUAUAAGGUGCCGAGUUCUUUGGUUAAGCUCGUGGAACUAAUUGAAAUAAUUAGUUAUAAAGUAAAACAAAACAGCUCUAGACAGUCCGUUAAUGUGUUGUGUGCAAAAAUGAUUGAAUCGAUGAAUGCCAACUGCGAUUGA